CUCUGGGACCAUGUCCGCCAAAGAAACGGCAGCCUGCAGGAAGUUCCAGGCCAACGUCUUCAACCAGAGCAAGUGUCAGAACUGCUUCAAAGCGCGGCAGUCGCACCUCGCCUCCGACCAGGACUUGAACCAGGCAAAGCCUAUCUAUGGGGGUUGGUUGCUGUUGGCUCCGGAAGGGACUGACUUUGAAAACCCAGUGCAGCGAUCAAGGAAAUGGCAGAGAAGGUUUUUUCUUCUGUAUGAGCAUGGACUACUACGUUACGCACUGGAUGACUCCCCCACCACUCUUCCGCAAGGUACCAUCAAUAUGAAUCUCUCUACUGAUGUUACUGAUGGAGAGAGUAAGACGGCUCAGAAGAACUCUCUAUGUAUCAUAACACCAGAAAAACAGUACUUCAUUCGUGCAGAAAGUAAAGAAACCAUCAAUGGCUGGUUUGAAACACUGAUUGUGUAUCCACGCACCAAUAAACAGAAUCAAAAGAAGAAACGGAAAGUGGAACCUCUUACUCUACAGGAACCUGGCCCUGCUAAAGUUGCAGUUACCAGUAGCAGUAUACCAAGUGCUGAGAGAGUUCCCAGCACCAAGUCAACACUCUGGCAAGAGGAGCUUAAAAACAACGAUCCACAUGUUGUCAGUAACCUGGUGAGAAGUUCUUCACAGGCCCAGUCUCCUACUGGAUCAUCAGCAAUGCCUAAAGAAGCACAAAGUGUUGUUAAUGGUGAUGAACUGGAUGGCCAGGAGAAGAAACGUGUAGAGAGUGGCUACUUUUCUCUGGAGAAGCUGAAGCCUGACUCAAAGCAGUUAACCUCCUCACCUAGCAGCAACACCACUGACAGCUCUUCCCAGAGCUCCUUGGACUCCGAGACCAGUGAUGUGACAAUGAUGAGCAUAGCAAGCUCAAACAGCAGGCUUGGGGAACAGCCAAGCCAUUCCCCAGCUACAAGGACCAGUCGGGACUAUGCUGCACUUGCAUUUGUUCCCAGAGCCAAGAGGAUCAGCAACAAACAGGUCUUUCAAGUGGAUGAGCAGCAGGAGCAGCAGCUGCAAACCUGCAGCCCUGGUAGAGUGGAGUUGGAUCGCUUAUUUGGACGUGAAAGGAGGAGGUCGCAAGUCAUUGAACUGUUUGAGGCACUGGAGAUUGAGAGAGCCCAGCAAGUGGAAUGCAUUUCCUCUUCUGAGGCUAAUGUUUGCAGUGGAAGACAUCGGGGUCGAAGUGAGAGGAGAUCUUAUCCAAGGAAAAGAGACUUUGUGUCUGAUUCAAACCAGAUCAACUCUGCCCCAGACAUUUCUGCAGUGUCUAUUCCGCAGUAUCGCAGGGCUAAGUCACUGGACAGGAGAACAACUGAAUCGACGGUGACGCCAGACCUGCUGAAUUUUAAGAAAGGUUGGAUGACAAAGCUCUCUGCAGAUGGCCAGUGGAAGAAGCAUUGGUUUGUUCUGAAUGACAAGGUUCUAAAGUAUUACCGUGAUUCUGCAGCAGAGGAGGCGGUGGAUUUAGAUGGGGAGAUUGACUUAAGUAGCUGCUAUGAUGUGACUGAAUAUGAAGUUCAAAGGAAUUAUGGAUUCCAGAUUCUUACAAAAGGGAAAGCAUACACGUUGUCUGCCAUGACAUCAGGGAUUCGCCGGAACUGGAUCCAGGCAAUAAUGAAAAACAUACAUCCUGCAAAUACACCAGAUGUGACCAGAAGCUUGCCAGAAGAGAAAUUUAAAGUGAAAACUUUGUUUGAAGGUGCAUCAAUAGAUGGAAGGCCGACAGCACUGACCUCCACUGAUGGAGCUGGUUUAGAAGUUGAACAAAAGAAAAGCAGGGCUUUGGAGCGAAGGAAAGAAGGGCGUUCAAAAACAUUUGACUGGGCAGACUUUCGCCCAGGGCAACAGCAGUCCAGUGGAGGAAAUGUCCGCAGAACUACUACUCUGUUCCUCAAGUCUGUGUCUAAUUCUGAAACAGGCUCCCGGGAACUUGAGCUGGACCGUGCACGACGGCGAGAGGAGAGGCGCAAGCGAUUUGAAUCAACUGGUCUUGAUGAUGUAAACAGGAUGGAGGUGGAUGAGGCCACUACAACAUCCAUCCGCCCAGGACCUAAGAACGUUGAUGUGGAAAUUGAACAUCAAUGGCAGCAAGUAGAAUGUACACCACUACGUGAGGAGAAACAGAUUCCAAUUCUCACUGUACAGACUUCCACUGAAGGUAGAUCUCCUUCACAGGACCUAACAUUAAUGCUAGAAAAGGAGCUGGAGAAAUUAUAUCAGGAGGUCUCCAGGUUGCAUGAAGAAAACAGAGAAUUGCAGAAGCAGUUGAAGGCAGCACAGGAAAGAGAGCAUAGUGCAAGGGAUGGCUAUGUUCUGCAGGCAACCUGUGAGCGUGGUUUCACAGCAAUGGAAGAAUCACAUCAGAAGGUGAUUGAUGAGCUACAAAAACAGCACCAGCGUGAACUGGAGAAACUAGAGCAGGAGAAAGACCGCCUACUGGCUGAGGAAACUGCUGCAACUGUAGCUGCUAUUGAAGCAAUGAAGAAUGCCCACAGAGAGGAGUUGCAGCGAGAGUUAGAGAAAACCCACCGGUCGCAGAUCAGUGGUAUGAAUGCAGAUAUAGAGGCUCUGGGCAGACAGCACAAAGAAGAAAUGGGCUCUAUCCAACGGGAGCUGCAAGUUCUGUCAGAACAGUACUCUCAUAAGUGCUUAGAAAAUGCUCACCUGGCUCAAGCUUUGGAGGCUGAACGGCAGGCACUUCGGCAGUGUCAGCGUGAGAAUCAGGAGCUAAAUGCCCACAACCAGGAGCUAAAUAAGCACCUGGUUGCAGAAUUUGCACGAUUAAGGGUGUUGAUUACUGGGGAGGGGAAGGAAGAGGGUGCUGGCUCACCUCUCUCACUGGGGAAAGAUGUCUACGAACUGGAGGUUUUAUUGCGGGUCAAAGAAUCUGAAAUCCAGUAUCUGAAGCAGGAGAUUAAUUCUCUAAAGGAUGAACUACAGUCUGCACUGAGGGACAAGAAGUAUGCUACAGAUAAGUAUAAAGGUAUCUACACUGAGCUGAGCAUUGUUCGAGCAAAGGCUGAUUGUGAUGUCAACCGGCUGAAAGAACAACUAAAAGUUGCCACUGAAGCAAUGGGAGAGAAGGCAUUAGACCGUGGUGUUACUGGCUAUGACAUCAUGAAAUCAAAAAGUAACCCUGAUUUUCUGAAGAAGGACAAGCCAAGCUCUGGCAGGUCUAUGAGGUCCCUGAGGUCAAAGUCUGUAAUAGAAUGGGUCACAUGGGAAAGAUGAAAGAUGCAAGUGUCAAGUUUUCUAUUAUAGCCUGAAAGAAGGUCUCACGGUGCAAGAGCGGAUGAAAUUAUUUGAACCCAAGGAUUAGGAGGCGAUUGCUACAUCAUUGCCUCAGGCCAUAUCUGCACCUCCAAAUUAAAUAAACUGCCUCACCUUAACAAUAAUUAAUCCUUUAGAGAACAAAUAUGUGGUUCUUUCUGACUUUGCACUUCAGUUCACUUAAUGUGAACAUAUAUGUUCAAGUUCAUAAGCCUCACCUUGAAGUUCUUGAAGUUGCACUUAAUGCGUUGUUGAAUAGAAAAGGCGCUCUCAAGUAACCUGAUUGUUUUUUUUAUAUAUAUAUAUAUUAAAAAUUGACUUUGUUUUUCUGUACUAUUAGAGAAGUACUUCCUGUACUAUUCCCUAUACAAAAUUUGCUGUUCUUUGUUUUUUUUUGUACCCAAGCAGGAGACAAAUGGUCAGAUAGCUGUUGGGGGGGGGGGGUGCUACAAAGAGCUUUUCUUACUUUCUCAGGCGAUUUUGUUCACUUGCCAAUAGACAAUCCAGAUCAAAGCCAUAACUAGAGAAUUGAAGAGGCAGAUGGACACAGAAUCCAGAAAAUGCUUUUCUGUAUAAUGACAUUGGGCAAAGGCUCAGUAUCAGCCUUUUGUCUAUUUCUCUUGGAUAGCACCAUCAGCAUUCCCACUGCUACGGAUCUACUACAAAGAUAGACUUUCAACCAACAAUUAUGGAGGUUAGCAGUACCUGGAAGUCGAGGCAUUGAAUGGGAAGAGGAAAAACUAAAAUAGGAGGUGGUGCCAGCAAAUGGGGAGGCCAGAAAGGGUCCAAUAGUGCUUCACGUGGCUUAAUAAGUACUCCAUCUGUCUCUGAGUCAACGUUUUGGGGAUGUGUUUUUAUUUCAUUCACAAUGUGUGUGUGUCACUGCCUGUAUUUAUUGUCCCUAACAGCUUUGUGAGAUACUGCCUUAAUUGCUGCAGUCUAUGUAAUUAAAAAUUCCCAGGGUUGUGGUUAGAGAAUUUCAUGAUUCUGACCAUGAAACAAAGGAACGAUAUAUUUCCAAGUCAGGAUAUUUUGCAGCUAAGGGGAUCUUGAAUUAAGCAGUGUUGGCAAAUGCUGGUGUCCUUGUUUUCUCAGGGACAAUGGCAGUGCUUUAGUGAACUCAGUAGAAGCAGCCUUGAUGGUGCUACCAUGAACUUGUUUUGUUGUGCUGAUGGAGUGUGCAAACCUUUAGGGUGUUGAAUAGCGUGCCAAAGCAGGCUGUUUUGUCACUUCUAUCAAACUUUGUGGUUGAGGCUAACCUUAAUCAUUGCAUUGCAUUCCAACCCAACAUAUUCCUGAUGAUAAUGCUACCACAUGACAGGCAGCAGUAAUAGAUGCUUUUGGUGGAAAUCAUCAAAUGGUGCAAUUGUUACUCAUCUAUGCCUGAAUUUUGUCCAGGGUUUUCUGUAUGUGUGGACUGCUUUAUUAUCUGGAAAUAAAAACCGUACAACCAUCAGCAGACAUACUCACUUUUAACCUGGAGGGAAGUGGCUGUGGGUGGCUGGGCCUUUGCUGUAGGAUUUUCUUAGGGUAAUUUCAAUGUCUGGGGCUGAGAUCUCCCAACCACUGCAAUUGAUUUCCCUUGUGCCAAGUAUUCCUCUGCCCAGUGAAGUAAUUUCACCAGUUCUCAAAUGAUUUAAAUGUUAAAUUUCUUUAGCAGUGUUGGAGCUACCCUAAUCUGCCAAUGUCAUAUUACAUGUCUUUAUUCAUUGGGAAAUGACAAAUUUGUUGUGCUGAAGGACAAUCAGCAUUUUCCCAAAAAGCUGUUAAUUAUAUAGCUAAAUUGACAAGAACAAUGAGGCAAUGGGAUAACUGUUGAGAAACAUUUUUACAUCUGUACUGUGCUUGAUGGACUGCUACAGGAGUCAGAUGUGAGGUUCCUGAUGCAGGAAUGCUUGAUACCAAUAAUAGAUGCCCCAAAUUAAAAGCAGUACCCCCAGGAACACCUAAGCAUUGUCUGGGGCUGGGAUGUUUGAUUUCCAACAACUGUAUUAGUUUUCUCUCCAAAUAUGUGCAUAAUAUAAGGAAUACAACAAAAAAAGGGUAUUAAAACUUUUGUUUGAGGUCAUUCCUUUAAAUCAUUAAAUUCUAAAGCAUACAAUUCUUUAAUUACUGAACAUAAGGCAUAAACCAUUGACAUAUCACCAAGCUUCCACUUCAGCAGCUGGGAAAGAAACUGGUCAAACAGAGUGCAUCAACCCUGAUACUAGAACUAGUCUCAAGUAUUAACUAUUAUAGAAAAUGCUGCACGUUAUGUUGUACGUGUGACUUAUUUAUGGAAGCACUGCUUUUCAGGGUUCAGGUGUACUUUCUGCCCAGCCACCACUGAUUUAUUGAUGCUUGGUACAUUUCCUGUGGCCUGAGGCAGUGAUCUUUGAAGGACCACAGUCAGAAAUUGUAUUUGUAGUGAAAGUGAUAAAUAAAUAGACUUUGAAUCAUA